AUGGGGAAGAGCACAGCAAUGAAGGAGUUUGAUCUUGACUCAGAGGUAAAAGUGAUAAAAGAUAAAGGAACAGAGAAUGAGACAGGAGGACAGGUACAAAUGGAGGGCGAUGUUGAGGUGUUAGUUAAGAAUGGGCUUGUGUGCGCUGAGAGGGUAGGAGCUAAUAGUAGUGUCGAGAACGGGGUGAAAUACGAAAAUGGGCACACUGGCACCGGGAAGAGCGUGGUCAGCCGCGCACCGUGCGAGGAUACAGAAAAAAUGAACAAGAAUACCGAGAUGAAUGUUGAUUGCACUAUCAGCAGCACGCCUACCUUGGGCACCGCGUUCAUUGAUGACAAGAAGGGAAAGGACCAACCAACGCCUCUAAAUUCGUACACAACGUACCAGUCCAAUAAAAAGAGCUUCAAGGACUUUAUAAAAUCGUUCGAUACUCUGCAAUCGAUUCUACACGAAAAGAUGCAAACCUUCCGAGAACUGAAAGAAACUGAGAAGAGAACAAAACCGUACGAGCUUAUAAACUUCUUCUCAAACGAAAACACGCUUAAUUCAUUGUCCAUUACUGAUUUAAAGAACCUCUAUAACGAACUAUGUACGAAAUUAGGACACGCUGACUACGAAUUUAAACAGGAAAUAGUAAAAAAGCGGAUACGUUGUAUUUUUGCGGCCGAAUUUAGAAGAUCAAUAACAAAUACGGCAGCGCUUCUGGGUAACAACGAGUUACUAUCAUUUGUACAUGUGUUUAGUCCAGAGGAGAGGUAUUUUUUGAUGGUUAAGUAUUUGGGAGAACGGAAGAGAAAGUGCGGAGAACUAGGAGGUGCACUGGGAACAAAAAUGUUUGUGAUAGAAGAGAUGGUCAGACAGGAGGUUUACAUGUUCUAUGUGGUGUUCAAAUGUGACUAUGAAAGGUUGAAGGGAUGGAUGGGCAGCUAUUGGGAUGAUGGCGCGAGAAGAUAUGAAUCGGGCGGUGAUGGGGGUGGAAUGAAUAACGAGCGUGAGGAAGUGGAUGUGGUGGAUGAGUGUGCAGAGCAUGGUAAGAAUGAACCACAGAACAAAUCUGGGAAGGCAUCAGAUGAGAAUGAACCACAGACAAACACAAGUGAGAUGCAAGAAAGCGGUAAGAACAGUGAUGAGCGACAUGUCAGUGCUACCGAGAAAAAUGAACCGAAUUGCACCAACAAAAAUUGCACUAAUAUAAAUAUUGCAUCAUUCGAUGGCAAAGGUACAGAAGAGCGAGAACAAUCGAUCGAUGCGUGUGCAACAAAAAGCAAAUCCUCAAGUACCAGUGCAACCAAGAACAAUCAGAUCAAUUUCUACGCACAAACGUGUAACAAAGCUCAAUUCUUAAUUAGGCCAUUCGUAUCCUAUCUCAUGCAGAACAACAUUCUUAAGCUUCUUGAAGCAUUUGUAUUUUCGGUUACCAAAAAUAUUCUGAAAGAGUACACACAUACAGACAUUCAACAAGUGGUAAAAAAAUGUGAGGAAACUAUCACAGAGACGGUCACGUGCGGAUCGAUCAAUGAUGACUUUGCCGAUGAUGUGCGAUUUUAUACGUGUGUUAUUCUGUGGAUGUGUUUUAGUGAGUAUGGUGAACAAAGAAUGGAAAGUGAGGGACAGUUCGAGCUGUGA